CUUCAACGAUUGCUUCGUGAAGAUACCACGCACACCGGACAAGCCAGGCAAAGGUUCCUUCUGGACAUUACACCCAGAUUCGGGCAAUAUGUUUGAGAAUGGCUGUUAUUUGCGUCGACAGAAACGUUUCAAGGAUGAGAAGAAGGAGGCGCUACGCCAGCUCCAUAAGAGUCCGUCACAUAGCAGCCUCGAAGCAACAAGUCCCGGCAAAAAGGAUCACGAAGAUUCGCAUCACCUACACCACCAUCACAGCCGAUUGGAUAACCACCAGCAGCAUCAUCACAGUAAAGACGUGACAGGCGCUACAGUGGGUGGUGCGGGCAGUGUGCUCAGCAGCGCUGUCAGUCGUGACCAGCUGGCUAUGAUGCAAGCUAAUGCCGAGCUUUGCUUGGGCCAACAGGCAGCGCAACAUGCACCCAGCCAUCACCAUCAGCAACAUCACCAGCUGCAGCAUGAAGAGCUCUCCGCAAUGGUGAAUAGAUGCCAUCCAUCAUUGAUCAGCGAUUAUCACCCCUCCAUGCAUCAUCUGAAGCAGGAACCAUCCGGUUACACACCAUCCAGCCAUCCGUUCUCAAUCAAUCGACUCCUACCCGAGUCUAAGGCGGACAUUAAGAUGUACGAUAUGAGUCAGUAUCCCGGCUAUAAUGCGCUCAGCCCAUUGACAAAUACACACGCGGCCUUAGGACAGGAUUCAUACUACCAGAGUCUCGGCUAUCAUGCGCCAGCCGGCACGACUAGCUUGUGACAUCACCAGUACCCAUUGGCUUAAGGGCGAGCUGACCAGAUGCUGCGCAACGUGAACGUGAACGCCGCCAGUGGUAGCAGCAGCAUCUUUGGUAGUGCCGCCGCGGCUGCAGCAGCAGCUGCUGGUCUCAAUACGCUGCACAAUAGUAACAUUGGUGGCAAUAUUGGCAGCAGCAGUGGCAGCGGCACCAGCAACAGCAAUGGGAAUACACAUGAUAUACACCUAGAGCAACAUCAUCACCAUCAUCAUCAUGGCGCUACGCACCAUCAUCCUCACCAUCAGCAAUUGACGCAUCCGCAUGCGGCUCAUCAACUGAUGCAACAACAACAACGUAAGGCCUAUCUUAAGUCCAUGCAACAGCAUUACCAACAACAGCAACAACACAGCGCUAGCAGUGCUUCCAGUGCGCACAAACUCAGCGCGCACCAACAACAAUUGCUGCAAAGUCAGUUGACGCCACCAGAACUACAGGAUGACGCAUCGAACAUCACAACCGAUCUGAACGAAGAACAACAACUGCAACUACAACAGGCGGCGCAGCAACAGCACCAGCAAUUGUACAACAAUUACCAACAGUACGCGGCGGCCGCCUCCUAUCGCAACUGGAACCACGGUUUGGCGCUAAAUGGCGCGGCAGCGUUACAAAAUCUGCUGUAGUGUUGCCAACACUGAAUGUGCGUGCAAUGACAAGGCGGCGCUUUGUUGCCAAACUGCCUAUAAGCGGUUGUUGUAGCUAUUAGCGUACAGUUGGUGACAUGCGUGCGUACGCCAGUUAUUACACCGUUUGUUUAGGUGGCGAGGUUUGGUCUUCCGCUGCCAUAUUGCAGUGCUGUUAUGCUGUCGACGUCGGCGUUGAGUGCUAGUUUUGGCGCGUUGUUGUGCGCAGGCGGCAAAGGACAAGCGCGGAUGUGCGCGCACGGUGAGAACGUUGCUCGCAUAUACAUAUUUAUGGUUCAAUGCACAUAACUCAUAACUUUCCAAAUGAAGAUGAUGUAAAUAUGUAUGCAGUCUAGGUAUACUCUUUAUUAUUUUUCACUUUUGUAUGAUUUUGUUCCACACAACAUGUCUCCUUACAAGCCUUAAUUAAACUACUGUAUCUCAUUACGUUUAUCUUUUGACUAUCAGUGUCAGUUUUGAGCUUGUAGAUAUGUUCAAUUUGCGCAUAUUAGCUUCCUUAUAAAUAACAUUUGCUGUACUUUUGUUUGUAUGUAUGUAAAAUGCAGCUGAAUUUCUUCGUCAUAUAAGCAGCAAUCAAAAGUGAUGUAGUUGUAAGCGAAAAUGUUUUCCAUUUUAAUAAAUAAUAAAAUAAAUUUCAAAUUAUGAUUGAUUCAUAAAAAGUUCCACACACCGACCAAUAUUUGAUAUAUUGCGCGUACGUAAAGAUAAAUUUAUUCAAUUUCAAUUUAGGCGCAUGUGCAUUUAAGCUCUUUGUUGCUGUCUAUUUGUAGCUUUAAGUGCGUCUUUUGAGUAAGUUCACAGAUAAACCCUGGCAGGUUUUCAAUUUGACACAACUUCAGUGCCAUGUAUGUAAACACUACACUUUGUGUAUGCAUAGGUAAAUGAAGAAAUCUUCAAAGCAAGCAAGAAAAAAUAUGAAAAGAAAUAAUUUUUUAUACAAAAUAUUAAUUUUUAAGUGUUGUAUAUUUAAUUAUGCAAAUAUAUUUUUAGUUUUUUAAUCACAAAUAUUAUUUCAUUCAACAGUUUUUUCUUAUUUUAUAAGUUUACUAUCUCUUAUUAUUAUUAUGCUUUUUAGUAUAGACAUGUUAUGCGCCAAACACUUUGAUAUGUUCGCGAUAACACAAUGCAAGUGCAAUUGAUGUAAAUUUGAAGAAGAAAAAAAAACAUUUUUAUAUAUGUAAGUGGAAAAUUCACGUGAUCGCGAGUCGAUUAACGCUAACCAAAUUCGAAUUGAAAUGAUCAAAAACCAAAAAAAAAAGAAUCUUCAAAAAAUGUAUGUAUAACUAAAAUUAUUUUAACGGUUUAGUAAUUUUAAGUUUUCAGUACGAUGCGCUUUUCUAAUUUUACAGAAUAAUUUUUGUUUUUUGCAAAAAGUGAGCAGUCAUAUGCAUACAUUAGGUUUGUACAUAAUUCAAUGUAUUUUUGUUUUGCUUGCAUUAAUUUAAAAAUAUAAAUAUAUAUAUAUACAAAAGUGUUUACAGAAAUGUGUUUUCUUUAUAUGCGUUUUCAGAUUUUCAGCAAAAUUACAACACAAUUUUUAGCAAAAAUUCCAAACACUAAAAUUUCAAUAAAAAGAAAAGUUUCAGUCAAGUAUGUGUGCGUCAAUUUGGUAUGCGCUGCAAUUUAGUUAACACAAUUUUGACAAAAAGUUAACUUGAACUACAGCAAAAGUAUGUAAAAAUGUUAAAAAUGCAAUUUUGUAUAGUUACUAUGCGCAUGCAUGUAUGUAUGUAUAUGCUGCUGAGUU